GCCCUUCUGCUUCCUCCACCUUGUGGCAAAAUCGCAUUAACAUCGAUCUCACUUACACAUAUCCUCUGCUUUUGGAGAGACCGAGAGAGAAUGGCUGUGGGAGCGGAGGCGGCGGUGAGGGAGCUGAGAGCCACCUACGCCACCGGGAAGACGAAGAGUUUCGAGUGGCGGUUUUCGCAGCUGAAAGCUAUACAGAAGAUUGUCUCUCUUCACAACGAGGAAAUAGUCGAAGCUUUGCGAUCCGAUCUCCAAAAACCGGAAUUUGAAGCAGUUAUUCAUGAGAUUUCUGCAGUGUCAGCAUCAUGCAAAUUGGCAUUGAAGGAAUUACAUCGAUGGAUGAAGCCACAAAAGGUGAAAACAUCGUUAAUUUCUUUCCCUUCAUCAGCCAAAAUCGUCCCAGAACCUUUCGGCGUAGUGUUAGUUAUAUCAGCUUGGAACUUUCCAUUUCUGCUAUCACUUGAUCCGGUGGUCGGAGCCAUCGCUGCCGGUAAUGCUGUCGUCUUGAAGCCAUCGGAGAGCUCCCCCGCCACGUCAUCGCUGCUCGCGAAGCUCGUGGGCAAAUACAUGGACGCAUCAGCGGUGAAAGUGGUGGAGGGGGCAGUGGCCGAAACCACUGCUUUGCUAGAACAAAAAUGGGAUAAGAUAUUGUACACAGGAGGUGGCAAGGUGGGGCGAAUCGUGCUAAGUGCUGCGGCGAAGCAUCUUACACCAGUGAUUUUGGAGCUUGGUGGGAAAUGUCCAGUCGUAGUUGAUUCCACAGUCAACUUAAAGGUGGCUGCAAGAAGAAUAAUUGGAGGCAAAUGGUGCGCCAACAGUGGCCAAACCUGCAUUGCCCCAGACUACAUAAUCACUACACAAGACUUCCUCCCACAACUGGUAAAUGCUCUAUCGUCUCAAUUGGAUAAGUUCUUUGGAAAAGAACCUCUUCGGUCAAAGGAAUUGUCAAGUAUCGUCAACAUCCACCAUUUUAACCGCUUGUUAAAAUUACUAGAUGACGACGAGGUUUCAAGGAAGAUCGUUCGGGGAGGUGAACGUGAUCAAUCCAGUCUCAAGAUUGCUCCCACGAUUAUAUCGGGCGUCUCGACCGAUUCUCUCCUCAUGGAUGAAGAAAUUUUCGGUCCUAUACUUCCCAUAAUUACGGUUGAUAAGAUUGAGGAGUGUGUUGGUGUGAUCAAUGCUAAAGAGAAGCCACUUGCUGCAUAUCUCUUUACAAAUGACAAGAAAUUGGAGGACAAGUUUGUUAGAAACAUUUCAAGUGGUGCUAUGAUCAUCAAUGACACCGUUCUACACUUUUUUGAGGCGGGACUACCGUUCGGAGGCGUAGGUGGGAGUGGGAUGGGAGCAUAUCAUGGGAAGUUCUCAUUUGAUGCUUUUAGCCACAAAAAGGCUCUUCUAAAACGUGGCUUUGCCCUUGAUAUAUCGGCAAGGUACCCACCGUACACUCCGGGAAAACGUCGUUUUCUCCGUGCGGUUGUACAAGGCAAUCUUCUUGACAUUAUUCGAUCAUUAUCUACUUGUUGGUAAAAUUCUUCCAUUUUUAGCUCAGGCUAUGAAUGGCUACUGCAUUAUUCUGAUUCUGUAAUACAAAGUAUCAAAUAUUUUAUUGAUUUAUGAUAAAUUUAAUUAUCUCAUAA